AUGGUUUCCGACAUCGCCCUCCCGCCCAACGUCCACGUCUCGCAGCAUCCCAGCCUGCGCGCCAAGAUUAGCCAGCUGCGCUCCAAGUCGACCAACUCGCGCGAGACGAACGCCCUCGUCCAUGAAAUCUCCCUCAUCGUCGCCUGCGAGGCGCUCGCCAAGUCGUUGACCGCCGUUCCCGGGCCCAAGGACCAAAGCCCCAUCGGCGCCGAGUACGAAACCACCGACGUGUCCCCCGGCACCAUGUGCAUCGUCCCCAUUCUCCGCUCCGGUCUCGGCAUGGUCGACGCCGUCCAGACCAUGCUCCCGCGCCUCGUCCCCGUCCACCACCUCGGCAUGUACCGCGAGCCCUCCACGCUCGACCCCGUCGAGUACUACAACAACCUCCCCCACCACGUCCCCAGCAACAGCAACUCCUCCUCCGCCUCGUCGCUCGCCAUCCUCGUCGACCCCAUCAUCGCCACCGGCGGCACCUGCGCCGCCGCCAUCCAGACCCUCCGCGAGUGGGGCGCACGUAGGGUCCUCGUCCUCAGCGUGCUCGGCGCUGCGGACGGCGUGCGCAAGGCUGCCGCGGAGUGGCCCGAGGGCACCGAGCUCUGGAUCGCCGCCGUCGACGGGGAGCUCACAAAGGAGGGCAUGGUCAAGCCGGGACUCGGCGACGUCGGUGACAGGCUGUUCCUCACGAUUGGGAAGUAG